AGACGUGACGCGGAUCUAUGCGGGAUCACCUCCGCAGCAACAAAAUCUUCCCCGGUUCCGAGACAAUCUGGACAUUUGUGCGGGGUCAUGGAGGUGUCGUCUCACAGCCUCUUCCUGCUGCAGCAGCUCAAUGUUCAGAGAGAGUUUGGGUUCCUGUGCGACUGCACCGUCGCCAUUGGAAACGUCUACUUCAAAGCUCACCGCGCCGUCCUCGCCGCCUUCUCCAACUACUUCAAGAUGAUCUUCAUCCAUCAGUCCAGUGAGUGCAUAAAGAUCCAGCCCACCGACAUCCAGCCGGACGUCUUCAGCUACCUGCUGCACAUCAUGUACACGGGCAUGUGUCCCAAACAGCCGGUGGACCAGAGCCGUCUGCAGGACGGCAUCAAGUUCCUUCACGCCCACCAGCUGUGCCGGAAACCUGAGGAGGGCACCGCCGAUGGCACUGCCGAUGUGGUCCGCAUGUCCAACCUAUACGGCAUUCAGAUCUCCUCCCAGCUGGCCAACAAGGAGCUGUCCAGGGUCCCCAAGACAACCACAGUGUCCUGCAGUCCCCCUGACGAUGGACGGUCCUCUGGUCGUGGCGGGCGCUCCCAUUCACAGCUGUCCCUCACUGUUGGACUGGAAGGAGUUCCGUCAGACCGCCACGCCUCGACACUGCGCACCGUCUGUUCUGUGGCAUCUGGAGACGACUCGGACAUCUCAACUCGGAUCAAGCAGGAGCGGGUAGAGGACGAGGACGAGGAGGAGGACGCAGAGGGGGAGGAGGUUCUGGGGGCGGGGUCACCGUCUCCAGCACAGGGCAGCAGUCCCAGUCAAAGUCUCCUGUUUAAAGAUCACCCCCUGGUGCUGCUGUGUCCCCGCUGUGGAGAGCGUUGCUUGUCCUCCGAGGGCCUCCGCGAGCACCUGUUCAGCCACGCCCUUGACCCCUCCCGCCUCAUGGAGGGACUAACACACAGCAGGGUGCUGGACACUGGCGUGGAGGAGGGGCCUCCACGUGGGCAGGACCACAUGGACGCAGGAUGUCUGGAGGAAGCACUGAGGCAGAGCCAAGUGCUGGCCAAUCAGCUGGCUGCUGAGCUCAGAAGGAGUCGGGGGGGAGGAGGGGGGAACAGCCCCACCCCCGGUGUCCUACACUCCCGAAAACGUAAGAUCGCCUGCGCCGUCUGCAGCCUCCGCUUCUCGCACAAGAGCCAGCUGCAGGAGCACAUGUACACGCACACGGGCAAACCCUCCCGCUACCACCGCUACAACCGCCUCUGCAGCCAGCUCUUCCAGGCCUCCGCCCACUUCUGUGAGGGCGCUGCAGAGCCGGGGGGAAGGGGCGGGGCCUCAGCUGCCGCCACUGCUGCUGCACUCUCUGGGGAGGCCAACAGGGACGCUCAGGACAAUGGCAGCUCCUACUCUCUGGACUCAGAGGUUUCCCAGGAGAGCGUGGACGCUGUGGACGGCGUGGACGGUGUGCCCGUGGAGUGAUCAGGUCACAGCAAUGACACAAGUUCAACCACAAGGUGGCGCUUGUGUCAUUAGUAAUGACAACAUGAAGGUGUCAUCAGUAGUGUGACCACAGUGUGGUGCUAUCAUCAGCCAUUGUCACCAUCACAAUCCAUCAACUGCGAUCAAAUGUAGCCUAGGACAGAGACUCAAAGAGUCAGAGACUCAAAGAGUCAGCGACUCACAGAGUCAGCGACUCACAGAAUCAGAGACUCAUAGAGUCAAAGACACAAAGAGUCAGAGACUCAAAGACUCAAAGAGUCAGCGACUCACAGAAUCCGAGACUCAUAGAGUCAGAGACACAAAGAGUCAGAGACUCAAAGAGUCAGAGACUCAAAGACUCAAAGAGUCAGACUGAAAGACGUCAACUGGAAAAAUCCAGAAGGAACAUUUUAUUUUGAAAGGGUUACAGUGUUUAAAGAUGAUUAUUGAUCAGUCAAUGUCUGAUUGUUCACAUGUGACGUUGUGUUUUGUGUUAAAUCCAUAAAUCACAUCCGUCAUGAGAACAUAAACAAAAACAAACACGCAAACAAAUAAAAUAUGAAGUUUUUUUCUGAAUUUUGUGUAAACGUUUGUUUGGUUUAAUAAAAGUUCAAACGACAAAUCAUGAAUCAUCAUUAUUUCACUGAGUGACCUGCAGGUGUCAGCAGAGAGCUGAACUGA